GAAUGCAUAUGUUCCGUGCAGGUGGACAUUGGACGAGGGCUUAUGGUCAAGAAAGGUGCAUGGGAACAUGUGCAGUCCCAUCAUAAGGAUUCCUUAUUUGUCAAGGACCUGCUAGUCACCAUCUGGUCGAAAGACAACCUUAAGGAGCGCUCCCUGCAUGGAAAACAUUGUCCACGGUACCCUAACCGUCCACGCAAGGCUCCCCUAACACCGUGGAAGUUGGACGUAAUGCGUGACUGCUACAGAGCACGUCUGGAGCAUCAAGGCGUGCCUGCAGGAGUACUGCCGUUGGCAGUCAAACAGAUGAACCACUUCAUUGUUGAGAAGCUUUCAGAUAUUGAGAAGCUUGCCAAGCGGGCGAAGGACAACCAGGGCGUUGCGGAAGUUUAACAGAGGAGGACCAUUGGUGCAUUUUCUAAAUAGUGUAAAUAUUAUGGAAUGUGUGAAUAAAUUUUCAUUCUUUCAUAUUUUU